AUGGCUUCUUCAAAAAGGAGAAAGGGUAAUAGUCUUGCCAUUCAGGAGAAAACUCCAGGCUUCUUCAAGGUUGUUCUCAAUAAGGCUCUUCAAGAUGGGAAGCUUGAAAUCAAAGGUUUCGUUGCGAGCAAGUAUAGAGAUUUCCUGGCAAACUCAGUAAUCCUCAAGGAUCCAAAUGGAGCAAAGUGGCCAGUAAAAUUGACAAGGUCUGAUGGCAGCACUUGGUUGGAAAAGGGAUGGCUUAAAUUUGCACACUUUUACUCCCUUGAGGAAGGAUACUUCUUGUUCUUCAGCUAUGAAUGUGUUGAUUCGUGUUUUCAUGUACGCAUUUUUAGUAAGAAUUAUAUAGAAAUCAACUAUCCAUUUAAAUCAAGUCAGCAUGAAGAACCCAAUUUAGGUGGAGGAGAUGGUGUUAAAUUUUCAAGCGCUGAUAGUUUCAAAUCUACCUUUCCAUUUUGUGUCAUCAAGGUCCAGCCUACAUACGUGAAAUACUACCACUUGCAAAUACCAAUAUCCUAUGCCAAAAAUUUUAUCUGCAGAGGUCAGACGCGGAAUGUGGACCUCCGAAUCCCAAAAGGAAAAACUUGGUCUGCUAAGAGCAGUGUCACUAAGCAAGCAGGACGCAGCGAGAUUGCAAGAAUCCAUGGCGGUUGGAGCAAAUUUGCGAAGGACAAUCAACUGCGUGUCGGGGAUGAUAUUGUUCUUGAGAUGAUAAAGCAGCAACCUAAGACUACAUUUGAAGUUCAUAUCUUCCGAGCUUAA